AUGAGGAUAAUGUGCAAGUUCAUUAUGGUGAUGUAUUUUAUAGCUUUGGUUGGAUCAAGAUCAGGAACCUCUGCGACGAGGCUACCAAUAUGGAGGAUGAAUAAAGAAGAUACUGGAAGAGACUUUGCUUUGCAGAACAAGCUCCAACGUGGUCCAGUUCCUCCUUCACAACCUUCUCCAUGCCACCAUAGACUAAGCCCUCUUUCUCAUUCGGAGGUUUAUUCUGCCCAAAACGAUGUUGCUUGCCCUUGA